AUGGAUUCCUUUUUCCAAAGAGCUUUCGGCGACCCAAUGUGCUCGGAAGACAGUAAUGUUGUCCAACAAGGAAUUGAUAAAUGCCCAUUCCUGAGGAACAUCAACGAGCCUACAAGUUUUUCCUUGACAUCCAUUAAUUUCCCCGCUCCGGCAACCGGAGCCAAGGGUCCAAUUUUUGAAGACGGGCCCAACUUUGACACGGCGUUUCGAGUUUUCCAUGGCAGAGACGGGGUUGUUCCACUUUCAGAAGGAGCCUUUGCACAUAUUGAGAAGCCUCUGCCAAAGCCCACUCCUGAAUUUAACCCCUUGGCAGCCAAAGCAGCUACCAUCAGUCUCUCGGGAUUCGGAGGCUUUUUCAGCUUCGGUGAUUUCUCAAACAAGCGCAAUAAGCAGAACUCCAACAAGAAGAAUCCCAACAACCUCCCCCAGCUGAUUUUGCUUUCCCUUUCAUUUCAGAAUAAAGGCCAGUCUAAUAACAAUCAUGAAGCGAUGAGCAAUGACUGGCUGGAAAAUGGUCAAUGCCCUCUUGCAAAGUCAUAUAGAGCAAUUGGUGGAGUCGUGCCUCUUGUCGCAAAGCUGCUGACACCCCCAGCUGGUAUGAAACUGACGUGCCCUCCUGCGAUUGUUGCUGCCCGUGCAGCAAUAUCCCGCACGGCGUUUGCGAAGGGGCUUCGCCCUCAGCCCCUACCGACAAAAGUAGUGGUGAUCGCACUGCUCGGUAUGGCAGCAAAUGUUCCUCUUGGCAUCUGGAGGGAGCACACUACAAAGUUUUCAGUGCAGUGGUUUGCGGCGGUCCAUGCUGCAGUGCCUUUCAUAGGGAUGCUGAGGAAGUCCAUCCUGAUGCCGAAGAGCGCCAUGGCCCUUACCAUAGCUGCCUCGAUAUUGGGUCAGACAAUUGGUUCAAGAGCUGAACGUAUCAGAUUGAAGAGGGCAAAAUUAGCAGCAGAGGGCCAUGGCCAUGAACAUGCUACCCGGAUUGAAGCUCCGGUGAACCUGAAAACUGGGAGCUCUGGUGCUGUCCAGCUCUGGGACCCGCUUGGCCUCAGAGUCAAAGGCGCCGUGUCCCCAGCGCUGGUUCCGACUGUCGGUGCCAUGUAUUGA